GUAUCCAACAUGGCGGCUGCGGCGACCCUGGCGAUGGCGGUGGAGCCCAUCAGAACAUAGUGGCUGGGAAGGGGGCACGGUCCGCACUCACGGUGGCGUCGGCAGAGACGACUGAGGGUGGUGGAGGGAAGAAAAGCGACGGAAAGCAAAAGGAAGGGCGGGCAGGCAAACAACUCGGCGUAGAACCGAGCGCCGGCUCGAGCGAAGGCACAGGGCCAGAACAGUGGGGAUGGCGGAGCCACGCAGAGUAGCGUUUAUUAGCCUGUCACCGGUGAGGCGGCGCGAGGCCGACUACCCGGGGGCCGAACGCGAGCCCGAGUACCCUCGCGAGCCCCCCCGGCUGGAGCCGCAGCCAUACCGCGAGCCGGCCCGGGCGGAGCAGCCGGCCCCGCGGGAGGCUGCCCCCCGGUCGGACGUGCAGCCCCCGCCGCGGGAGAAGCCGCUCCCCCAGCGCGAGGUCAGCCGCGCCGAGCCGCCCAUGUCGCUGCAGCGCGAGCCCCCGCGGCCCGAGCCGCCGCCGCCGCCGCUCCCUCAGCUGCACUUGCAGCCGCCCCCGCCGCGGGAGACGGCUUCCCGGGCCGAGCCGCAGCAGAGGCCGCCGAGGGAGACGGUGCGCCUGGAGCUGGUGCUCAAGGAUCCCACCGACGAGAGCUGCGUGGAGUUCAGUUACCCGGAGCUGCUGCUGUGCGGAGAACAACGGAAGAAGCCCAUUCACACAGAAGACCCAUUUAAUGACGAGCAGCAAGAGAGGCAAGAAGUGGAAAUGUUGGCUAAGAAGUUUGAAAUGAAAUAUGGUGGGAAACCCCGUAAACACCGGAAGGAUCGGCUACAAGAUUUAAUUGAUAUAGGCUUUGGCUAUGAUGAGACAGACCCAUUUAUUGAUAACUCAGAGGCUUAUGACGAAUUAGUUCCUGCUUCUCUAACAACAAAAUAUGGAGGCUUUUACAUCAACACUGGCACUCUGCAGUUUCGCCAAGCUUCAGAUACUGAAGAAGAAGAUAUUACAGACAACCAAAAGCACAAGCCCCCCAAAAUUCCCAAAAUAAAAGAAGAUGAUAUUGAGAUGAAGAAGCGGAAGAGGAAAGAGGAAGGGGAAAAGGAGAAGAAACCAAGGAAAAAAGUCCCCAAACAACUGGGAGUUGUGGCUCUAAAUUCACACAAGUCUGAAAAAAAGAAGAAACGUUAUAAAGAUUCUCUUUCUCUAGCUGCCAUGAUACGAAAAUUUCAGAAAGAGAAGGAUGCAUUGAAGAAGGAGCCUAACCCCAAAGUCCCAGUGAACUUAACGACGUCCUCUCUGAAUAAGACCCCCUCCACUGCCGUAGCAUUGGGAAGUGAUGUCUCGGACUUAAAUCUGAACACUGCUGAUCCAGACCUCCCCAUUUUUGUUGGCACAAAUGAACAUGAACUAUUUCGGGAAGCUGAAAAUGCCCUAGAAAUGCUAGAUGAUUUCGACUUUGACAGAUUACUGGAUGCUGCUUCUGAUGGUAGCCCCCUCUCUGAGUCAGGGGGAGAGAAUGGAAACACCACCCAGCCAACCUAUGCCUCUCAGGUUAUGCCCAAGGUGGUGCCUACACUCCCAGAGGGUCUGCCUGUCCUUCUUGAAAAACGCAUCGAAGACCUCCGUGUAGCUGCCAAACUUUUUGAUGAAGAAGGAAGGAAAAAAUUCUUUACACAGGAUAUGAAUAAUAUUCUUCUGGACAUUGAGUUACAGCUACAGGAAUUAGGCCCUGUCAUUCGUAGUGGUGUCUACUCCCAUCUUGAAGCUUUUGUGCCAUGCAAUAAAGAAACACUGGUGAAACGUCUAAAGAAGUUACAUCUCAACGUCCAGGAUGAUCGUUUAAGAGAACCUCUGCAAAAACUGAAACUGGCUGUUAGCAACGUCAUGCCUGAACAGCUAUUUAAAUACCAGGAGGACUGCCAAGCUCGCAGUCAAGCUAAGUGUGCCAAGUUGCAGACAGACGAAGAACGAGAGAAAAAUGGAUCCGAGGAAGAUGAUGAUGAGAAACCGGGGAAGCGUGUCAUAGGACCAAGAAAGAAAUUCCACUGGAAUGACACCAUCAGAACUUUGUUAUGUAACCUUGUUGAGAUCAAAUUGGGAUGCUAUGAGUUAGAGCCAAAUAAAAGCCAGUCCGCUGAGGAUUAUCUUAAAUCCUUUAUGGAGACAGAGGUGAAACCAUUGUGGCCUAAGGGCUGGAUGCAGGCAAGAAUGCUUUUUAAGGAAAGUCGGAGUGUACAUAAUCAUCUUACUUCUGCUCCGGCAAAGAAAAAGGUGAUUCCUGCACCUAAACCCAAAGUGAAGGAGUGUAGUCCAAAAAAGGACCAGAAAACUCCUGCAUCCUUGGUGGCUUCAGUUGGUGGUCCUUCAACGAGCUCUAGCACAUCUGCUGUGGCCUCUACCAGUUCUAGCUCUACACCAGCCCAGGAGACCAUCUGCCUUGAUGACUCACUAGACGAAGACCUUUCUUUCCAUCCACCUGCACUGGAUCUUGUUUCUGAAGCUUUAGCUGUUAUCAACAAUGGGAACAAGGGCCCUCCGGCUGGCUCAAGGAUAAGCAUGCCAACUGCAAAGCCUCGUCCAGGACUGAGAGAAGAAAAGUUAGCAAGUAUCAUGAGUAAGCUGCCAUUGGCUGCUCCUAAAAAACUAGAUUCUUCUCAGACUGCACAUUCAUCAAGUCUUAUUGCUGGUCACACAGGGCCGGUACCAAAGAAACCCCAGGAUUUAGCUCAUACUGGCAUCUCUUCAGGCCUUAUUGCUGGUUCUUCAAUUCAGAACCCUAAAGUUUCCUUGGAACCUUUGCCAGCCAGGCUGCUUCAACAAGGACUACAGAGGUCGAGUCAGAUUCAUGCUUCUUCCUCUUCACAGACCCAUGUUUCCUCUUCUUCCCAAGCCCAAGUUGCUGCCUCCUCUCACGCUCUGGGAACAUCAGAGGCCCAAGACGCUUCUUCGUUAACACAAGUAACAAAGGUGCACCAGCAUUCAGCUGUCCAACAAAACUAUGUGUCUCCAUUACAAGCAACCAUUAGUAAAUCACAGACCAACCCAGUGGUGAAAUUAAGUAAUAAUCCCCAACUUUCCUGUUCAUCCCCGCUUAUUAAGACUUCGGAUAAGCCACUUAUGUACCGCCUUCCCUUAUCUACUCCCUCACCCGGAAAUGGUUCUCAAGGGUCCCACCCCCUGGUUUCUAGGACAGUACCUAGCACCACUACCUCCAGUAACUAUUUAGCCAAGGCUAUGGUGUCACAGAUGUCCACGCAGGGUUUCAAAUCUCCCUUCUCAAUGGCUGCAUCCCCCAAACUUGCCGCAUCUCCAAAACCUGCCACAUCUCCUAAACCCUUGCCCUCACCUAAGCCUUCUGCCUCAUCCAAGCCCUCUGUGUCCACUAAGCCUUCAGUAUCAACUAAACUUAUUUCUAAAUCCAACCCAACUCCCAAGCCUCCUGUACCCCCAAGCUCUUCCAGUCCAAAUGCACUAGUAGCCCAGAGCAGCCACUCCAGCAGUAACAACCCAGUCCAUAAACAGCCCAGUGGGAUAAACCUCAGCAGACAGUCUCCCACCUUGAAUUUGCUGCCCUCCAGUCGUACUUCAGGCCUUCCAUCCACAAAAAAUCUUCAGGCCCCUUCAAAGCUAACAAAUUCCUCACCCACUGGAACUGUUGGGAAGAAUAGCUUGAGUGGAAUUGCAGUGAAUGUACCUGCCAGCAGAGGUAGCAACCUUAACUCAAGCGGAGCCAAUAGGACUAGUCUCUCUGGGGGAACAGGAAGUGGAACACAGGGUGCUACUAAACCGUUGUCUACUCCACAUAGACCAUCCUCUGCCUCAGGGUCUUCAGUGGUAACCGCCAGUGUGCAGUCCACAGCAGGAGCAUCAUUAUUGGCUAAUGCCUCACCUCUGACUCUCAUGACAUCACCUUUGUCUGUAACAAAUCAAAAUGUGACUCCUUUUGGGAUGCUGGGUGGCCUUGUUCCAGUGACCAUGCCCUUCCAGUUUCCCUUGGAGCUACUUGGCUUUGGAACGGACACAGCUGGAGUGACAACCACCUCGGGAUCUACCUCAGCCGCUUUCCACCAUAGCCUAACUCAGAAUUUACUAAAGGGUUUACAGCCAGGAGCUCAGCAUGCAGCAACACUUUCCCACUCACCUCUGCCUACACAUUUACAGCAAACAUUCAAUGAUGGAGGCCAAAGUAAAGGGGACACUAAAUUACCACGGAAAUCUCAGUGACUUCCCAGCGAGCAAUGGAGAUGAGACACUCAGCUGGCUGAUGGAAUCUACCUGAUGGGAAAGUACUCAUGUGGUCAUAGGGCUGCUGUUCUGUCGAUGUUUACAUUCUCUCGUCCCAAGCACUGUGUUUCACCAGAAACCCCAAAGGCUGAGAACAAAACCAUAGGCGCCAAUCUGUCCACAUUCUAAAGGGAGGAGGAGCCAGAUCACCUAUGCACCCACCCUAAGAGGUUGUGAAAUGGACCCCCGGGGAAGCACUAGCUCAAUACUGGGAAGGAUUAGCUCAGCAUCCACCUCAGGCUAUGGAAGAGAAUGUGAGAGGAUUUCUUUGGAAGUAGCUGUCUGUAUGCUUGGCCGUUUCCCCUUCUCCCCAAGCAGGGGAGGGUGGGGGGUGCUCCCUCUUUGCUUCAUGCCAAAUGAGGGGGCGCUUCAAGAGGACCACCUGGGGAGUUUGAUACAGCCUGCGGAGUUUCAGGAACAAAGGGACUGGUGUCUGACUUCUUCCUAAAGUCUGAAGACAAACUGUCGGUGGCUAGCUCCUUGAGAAGACAGAAGAGGAGAGAAGACUGCGCUCCAAAUGGCUUGCACGCCCCAAGUUCCUGGGUUCCCGAAGGCUUGCUGUGCUUCUUGAGAGAGGCAGGCAGGUUUGGCCAUUUCAAGAAGGAGUCCAGCCAAAGGGAACACCUGGAGGGAGGAGAUGACAUCAGUGGCAGGGAGGCUGCUGGAGACCGAGGGGCUGGGGCUGGCACCCUAAGGAACUAGAGACGGCAUGGCCCACAGGGGGACGACAGGUGCGAGAUCCCCAGUGAUGGAUGGAGACUCGAGAACCCGUGAGGAAGCGCCUGUGGGACAAGCAGCCAUGGCUUCUUCUACUCCCAGGGGACACCGGCGCCAGCUUACAACUCAGCCACUCACGUGAGACUUACCCCCUCUCCUUCCCCUGCGGCCACACGAGAGCAGGCCCGGAACAGCCACGAGUGGGAAGAGGUCCUGUGUGAGAAAUCAAAAUGACGCUGACCGUGACCCCCGUUCUCCCUCAGAUUUCCGGGCCGGGGAAGGGAAGAAGUUUUAAAAUUAACUGACAUUUGAAGUUUUGAUCGAUCACUCCAAGAGACUUGUUGAUAGCCAGAACAAGAGACUAUUUAUUUCUCAAAUGAUGAUGAUGACAACUCUUUGGCCUGUUACUUUGCAGAGACUGGAAAAGCUGUAAAUUUCAUCCAGGCACACGGGAGACCAAACCAUGACCUCAGGUUUGUCGGGGCAUUCACGAGAAAACAAAGUUACUUUCUUUUUACACAAGUCUGGCUUGUUCCAGGAACAGGUUGCCUUUGAAGAGGUGACCAGCCGAUCAGGGGGAUGGAGACGAGAUGUUGGCCAGGUCCUCCAGCCCUCGAGGCUCAUUUUCCAGCCGACGGCAGUCUCACCUUGUCAGUGAGGAGUCUUAUUGGGUAAAGUCUGGGGUUUUAAUGUUUUACAGACUGGACUUUUUUUUUUCCAAACCAAAGAAAAACCGCCAAUUGUCCUGUUAUCUCUUGGAAGAGCUGCAUGAACUGCCGCCGAUCUCAUGCUGGAAAGGAAGCCUUCAGGCAGGAGGUCCGCAAGCAGCAGGGGUUGAGAGGGAUACAUCGCGGCUCUCUCUGCCUGCAUCUACGGGUCAGCUCGCCUGUUAACAGUCACAUUUGCUCCUGAGUAUUAUAAUGUACUGAGCUGAUAUGCUACAGGAUGUCAUCAGUUAGGUUACUUGGAUGAAAAGUAAUACCUUUACAUGGAAGAAACUAUUACGUAAUGCAAAGUAGUCAUGAAAAUCCCGUACGCCACAAAGAGACCGAGUGAUUCGCUUGCUGCAAAGUAUCUACCAGAGUGGCCAAACUUAAAAAUGGCUAUUUUUCAUUUACAGAAGUGUUUCUCAAUUGCUCUCCUUUUCUGUGACGAGAGGAGGCUAUCAGGAGUGUGCUGCCCAUGAGGUCUGCAGUCUGUUUUUUGACAGCCCGCACUCAUUUCCAUAUCCCUCUGUGUCAUGCUGUCUCUGUGUCACAGGGACUGGACUUACGGGAACUACAUCUCCCAAACUCCUUUGCCUUCCAGGGUCUGGAUGUCAUUUCUUUCUGCCAGGGUAUUCAUGUGAGAUUUUUGUAGGUGGGAGGAGAAAGUGGUGUUAUUUUUUUCUCUGGCAGCACCUUGCAAAGUGGGUAGGUCCCGGGAGAGCUGAAGCUCCGCCCCAGCCUCUAGGUGACCUGUCAGCCGGCGCGUCAGUACUCGGCUCAGCUCUGAUGAGCAAAGGGGGCGCCCUGCAUUCUUCUGACCUGGGUGACGGCAGCGACCUUCUAGUGACUGCUUAGAACUGCUGAACGUUAGUGGCAACUUCCCCAAACUCCGGCAGUCCUUCCCACAGUGCCGCAAGCAUCCCAGUGCCCUGCACUCAGUUCCUGUUUGCUUGAACAGCCUGCAGUGGGUUCUCUCUUGGUGACUGACCCCUGAUGGUCACGGCGCCUACCUAGCUGAUAUUGUGAGAGAAACGAACAUGCCUAAUGGGUCUCGUUGAGUUAAAAGUAAGUGUUUAAAGUGAUGAAUGAGGCCCUGACUGCCUCUUUAAAAGAAAUUCAUGCUAUGAAGAGAGAAAUUUAAGAAUCGAUCUUGAGAAAUAUUUAUCACUAUGUGAUUCUGUGGCCCCAAAUAAUGUGUUAAACCAACAUUUUCAAAAUAUUGAAACGUAUUGAAUUGCAUUGUUUUCAAUAAAGGAAACAAUAAUCUUUCUUUACUGAGAGAAGUUAGGACGUUUUUUACUGUUAAUAAAUAAAAUAAAAAUAUUUUCCAAA